GCCAGCACAGCCGUCAGUCCGUACACCACAGCCGCACGUAACGUUUCGCAGUCGUUGUCGUUAGUCAGUCGAUUAACUGCCGCGGUCAGAUUCGGUUCACUCCUUAGCUGCUGUACGAACACCGACCGAGUAUCACGCCAGUGUGUGUGUGACAGGCGGAUCACUGUUAUUAUUGUUUUUCCGUUGUCGCGUUUCACGAGCGAUUAUUCGACGCCAGUCGUAAUAUCGUCGGUUUUGUUUUUUUUUUUUUAUGAGAAGAAUAUUUAAUCGCGACGAUAUAAUAUUUUCCUUUUAAACCGCCGCCACCGAAAAUCAGUCAACAUUUCUUUCACUACUUCAUUCGUCAUUACGAUAGCUAGGCGCGAAAAAAUUCCGAAAAAAAUGGAAGUCGUACCUCCGUACUAUAUACAACCGUCGUACCCGGUCCAUUCCACUCUCGGAAUCUUGAAAUUGGAGGACAUCGAGUCGGAGACCAGUGCGUUUAUGGCCUUACACCAACGACUUGAAGAAGAACUUAAGGCCGCUAAACGUGCGCAAUUGUCGUGCGGCGAAGUCUUAUUGCCGCCUGACUUACUCCACCGAAUAGCUCAUGAUGUUCUCAAAAUGGCUGAAAGUGAACCCUGUGGUCUCAGAGGAUGCACUUUGUACCUGAAUUUCGAAGGUGAACAAGAAUGCCGGAAAAUCGGUACGAUCAAAUGCGACACCAAUACAGUGUCCACUUUUGAGUUGUUCCUUACUCUCAAACAAAACCCUAGAAAUGCAUGGUCACUCAUUCCACUAUUCAUUAGGAAUUUUACAAGCGGCGGCACUAUAGUGAUCGAUCACGAAUUCACAAUAGAAAAACGGAAGCUGUAUAGGUCUUUUUUAGAAUAAAGAGCGCCGGAUGUCCGGCGCUGCCGAACGCCAAAUCCUCCACCUCCUUCUCAUUAUCAGUAUCUCAUCAAAACACCAUCACCACUACAACUAAAAAUCCAACCAUAACUAGUACGACCGAUAGUACUCGUACCACUAAUAGCACCGCCGUCGCCGUGAUUGAGAGAGAGCCAAGACUGAUCCCCUCGGAACAGCCUGUGCGUUACAAGACGAAAAACACUCGUAUCAACCAGUAGCGGUCUUUGUCGUCGUCGAUAUCAUCAAGUAACAAAAAAAAAAAAAAAAAAUCCCCAAUUUAUAAUAUUAUAA